AUCGUCACCCAACCUGACCCGGACAACCUCUUGCAUGUCUAUGUAUGAACCAACGAACUAUAUCCCUGGAAGGGCCCAGGGAUACCCCGAUGACGAGACCCAGGGUAUGGAAUGGGGGGAUAUGCUUGGUUCAUGGUAGGCGACUCUGGCGAUAAAGAGGAAUCGACUGGUCAAAGGGCUGGCUUUUCCCAAUCAGAGCCUUGCCGUAUCUGCACCACUCAACACUCAUAUGGACAGUGGACGGCACACAUGUGCGUGCGCGGAGAAGAAUUACACAAAGCUGGCGGUGUGCUUGUCAGGAGGCAUGCCAGAUCCCAGCUAUGCUCGCAUAGAGUUGGCGGACGUGACGGAAUACAUCAUACGCAUGCCCAAGGAAUGUCAUUGUCUAUUUCUUCACCUACACUCCCACGCAACAUGCUCAACAUCCAUGCAUGGCGCAGUCGACUAGUGGUCUUCGACUGCGCAGGCGCAGCACAGCAUAGAUACCCACGUUCCAAUCUGCCAUUGCACGAUCGAAGGUUUGCAGAUACGUUAGCUCUCUCCGACUGUUUUGUUUGGCCGAUUGAUCGUGCACGCUAAUUGUUGCAACAUCUUGAUUCUUGACACCAACAUCGCUU